AUGCCACGUCUAACAAAAUGUCAAAAACACUUAAGAAAGGCUCAUGAAGUAAAGACUAAGCAUCAGUAUGCCAAAAGUGACAUUAAUACACAAGUUAAUAUUGAUGUUUCUGAAAGCUAUCCUAAUAUUAAUGAUACUUAUUUCCAUAAUGAGCUGAAAGGUUAUGAUGAUGUUAAAGAUCUUGAUAUUGACAAUACUUUUUUUUACAAUGAUGAUAAUUUUUCUGUUCAUAAUGAGCCACUAGAAAUUAAUAAUGCCAUAAGUAUUGAAACUCAAGCCGCACUAAAAGAAAAAAGAAUCAGCAAUAACUCAAAUAAUAAGGUUAGGAAUUACAAUUGGAAUAAUAAAAUUCUGGAUGCUCUUAAAAGUAUGGAAUUAGAUAUUAAAAAUGAAAAAACAAAUAGUGAGGUUUGGGUGCGUUUAAAUAGCAUCUGUCUUUAUCUUCAGUUUAUAAAAUGCAACCAUCCAAAGAUGAAAGCAAGUGAAAUUGUUGCUAAUGUGGCAGGAAAAGAAAUAUAUCAUGCCAAAUGCAUUCGUUCUUAG